AUGCUUCGAGUCUGCGCUGUUCUUUGGCGCCGUCGUGGUGCUGGCAUUAUUGGACUUCCCAAUGUUGGCAAGUCCACACUAUUUAAUGCCCUCACCUGCAGUCAACAGGCAAAAACAGGGAACUUCCCAUUCUGUACAAUUGAUGCCAAUCUCUCUAAAGUCCCUGUUGUAGAUGAUCGUCUUCGUAAACUUGCCGCCUUUACAGGAGCUCAGAAAAUUGUAGAUGUGGAGAUUGAUAUUGCCGAUGUUGCUGGAUUAAUUGAAGGAGCCUCAAAAGGCGCGGGACUGGGAAAUAAAUUUCUUAACGAUAUUCGUCCAUGUGCGAUUUUACUACACAUGGUGCGGUGCUUUGAAAGUGCGAGAGAUGGCUUUGAAACCCCAACGCCAUUAGAUGAUAUUAGCACUAUUGUAAAUGAACUCGUAUUGGCUGAUCUGGAGGCGAUGGAAAAGGCCGUUCAUAAAAUUAAUAAAACACGAAAAUCGGGAGAUGCGGGAUUAAAUUUUUGUCAACGUGUGGUCUCUUGGUUACAAGAUGGUAAACCCGCAUCUAUGAUGAAAUUAAAGAAUGAAGAAGAAAUACAAUGGUUACAACAAUAUCAACUUCUUUCAGCAAAACCCAUGUUGUUUGUAUUAAAUGUAGAUGAGACUAGUGUGGUAUCGGGAAAUAAUUUUACAAAAGCUGUAGAAGAUAAGUUUGGAUUGGAUCAUACUUGUCGAGUAUCCGCUUCAUUAGAAGAACAAACCUCACAACUUAACUCCCGUGAGGAACGUCUUUUAUUUUUACAAGAGUAUGGUGUGGAGAUACCAAGAGGUGAGGUAUUAUUACGAUCUGCUUAUCGUAUGUUGCGAUUACAAUCUUUCUUUACCGUUGGACCUCUCAUGGCUCAUGGUUGGGCAACAACAGAGGGCGUUAAUGCACGAGAGGCCAGUGGAGAAAUUCACACCGAUAUGGAAAAACACUUUGUACGGGCAAAGAUAUUACCAUGGGAUGUGUUUAUUACGAAACCGAAUCUCGAGGCAGCGGAGAUGCAGAUGAUGUACGUGAAUGCCAAUCAUAUUAUGAAGGAUGGAGAUGUUAUGAUUGUUGAACAUAACGCUCCGAGAUGA